AUGUUGGUUCACGUCGCUUAUCCUGACUUCAUCCUCGACAGCAAGAAAUUGGAUAAUUACUACGACACCAAUUUUGCUUUCAGUUCUUCCGUCAAAGAAACGGAUUCGUACAGUCAGAUGAUAGAGAAGCUGAAACGAUGGAAAAUAGAAUUUGAUCUGAAGCGCCUUUCCAAACCCGUCGAUCGAGCCGAGUUCCUCGCGGAUGUUGCAGAACCCUGGCGCUCAGUACAAAUUCAAAGCCAACACUCUUGGGGUAUCUGCGGCUUUUCUGCAAGCGCCAUACUUCCAUCAAUCUUUUCCAAGGUAAACAUUGACCAGACAUCUUCUGAAAAAAGCAUCACCCGAGCUUGA